AUGAUAAAGACCGAGAAGAUUCUGCAUUUGAAGAGCUGCCGGGGCGGGAAGGUCCGUGUGGUCCGGGAGCAUUAUCUGAGGGAGCGGGUCCCUUGCUACAGCUGUGUGUGUCAGGCGGACUGUGUCAACGAUGGUAAGGUGCUGCCAGGAGAUCUGACUCACUAUGUGGUGCCUGAUGCUGGCGUGGUCGUCGACUACCUGGAGAUCCUGGAGUUCAGGGAGCUGCAGGGCAUCGUCAUCACCCAAACCGCCUGCCAGGCUGUGCAUCACAGCAAAGGACGCAGGCAAUACAACCGUCUGCGAAACCUGCUGAAAGACCCUCGACAUGACUGUGUUCUGUUUGCCAAUGAAUUUCAAGAGUACUCCUAUUGUCCACGAGAGAAGGGGGAGAGCCAAGAGAAGUGGCAGACCAGGUGUGUGUACUCUGCAGCAGUGUGGUACUAUAACCAUCUGGCAGGCAUGAUGGAUGUAGUGAUGAUCACAGAGGACCAGGAAGCCGUGGCUGAGUACAGCAGCCUCAACUCUGGAGUGUACGUCAUCUCCGUCCAGGAUUAUUUGCAAAACUUCUGGCCGGAGCUGCAGGCGGCCCAUGAGCUGUACAGCUCCAUUUCUCAGGCACUGCAAGAGAAGGAGAGCGAGGGCAAGGAGAGAGAGUACGGCGAACAUCUACCGGCUGAAGUCCUGGAGGCUGGAAUCAAGUCUGGACGGUACUAUCAGGGCACUCUGAAUGUCAGCAAACACCGAGCACAGACUGAAGCUUUUAUCAUGAUGGAGAGUUUUUCUAACAAGAGCACAGAUAUGAGUCGCAUAUUGGUGCACGGUGAAAAGAAUCGUAACAGAGCCGUGCACAGCGACACAGUUGUGGUAGAGCUGUUGCCAAAGAGCGAGUGGAGAGGGAAGAUCACAGCGCUGACGGAGGGUCAGGGAGAGGAGAAGAGCAGAGAGGACAACGAGUCUAAACUACUGCCGACAGGCCGCGUCGUUGGGAUCCAGCAGAGGAACUGGAGGGACUACGUGGUAACUUUCCCCCCCAGGGACGGGUCUCAGUCCCAGAGCAGGAACUCCCAGCGCAUCCUUGCUGUGCCCUGGGACCAUCGCAUCCCCAAGAUCCGUAUCAGUACUCAGCAGGCUGAUGCUCUGCAGGAUCACAGAGUGGUGGUGCGCAUUGACUCAUGGGAAAGCACGUCGCUCUAUCCCAAUGGCCACAGCGUGCGGGUUCUGGGCCGGGCUGGAGAGCUGGAGACGGAGGUCCAUACCAUCCUCAUAGAGAACUGCAUCCACGUGCCUCCUUUCUCAGAUGCACAGUUGAGAGAGAUGCCGGUCAACUCCCCUGACAAACCGUGGAAGGUGGAUCCCGCCCAGGUGACAGAGCGGCGGGACCUCAGGCAGACUCACCUGGUGUUCAGCAUCGACCCAAAGGGCUGCGAGGACGUAGACGACACGGUGUCGAUGCGCAGCCUCGCUGGCGGGGAGCUGCUGGAGCUGGGGGUCCACAUCGCCGAUGUCACCCACUUUGUCACAGAGGGUUCCCUCACCGACUUGGAAGCACGCACCAGGGCUACGACCUACUACCUGGCAGACCGCAGGUACGACAUGUUACCUGCUGUUCUCAGCGCAGACCUCUGCUCUCUGCUGGGAGGAGUCGACAGGUAUGCAAUGAGCGUGCUGUGGGAGCUUGACGCACACACGCUCGCUGUCAACAAGGUGUGGUACGGUCGCACGCUCAUCCGCUCCUCCUACCAGCUCCACUACGAGCUGGCCCAGGCGCUCGUCAACGGAGAGAAAGCCGAAGUCCCGGAGCUGGCGCAGCUUGGCCCUGAGGAGAAGGACGAAAAGCUGGCUCAGCUCACCCAGGCUCUGGAGAUGCUCACACAUGUAGCCAGACAUCUCCGAGCGCAGAGGGACAGAGGAGGAGCGCUGGAGCUGGAGGGGGUGGAGGUGCGUGCCCAGCUCGACGAGGAGAGGAACAUCACAGCCCUGGUCCCACGUCAGCCCCUGGAGGUCCACGAGACCGUGGCUGAGUGCAUGAUUUACGCCAACCACUGGGUGGCACGCAAGAUCCAGGAGACCUUCCCUCACCAGGCCCUGCUGAGGCGUCACCCGCCAGCACGGCAGGAGAUCUUCAGCCAGCUGGUGGAAAGCGCCAGGGCCAAGGGAUUCACCAUUGACACCAGUUCCAACAAAGCUUUGGCUGAGUCUCUGGACCGGGCUGUGGACCCACAGGACCCGCUGGUGAACAGGCUGCUGAGAAUGAUGACCACCCAUGCAAUGUCACAGGCUCUAUACUUCUCCACUGGUGCCCAGUCCGUGGACCAGUACUACCAUUACGGUCUGGCUCUGGACCGCUACACACACUUCACCUCACCCAUCCGCCGCUACGCCGACAUCGUGGUCCACCGCCUUCUCACCGCAGCCAUCGCCACUGAGAGGGGAACAGACGUUGGUAAAGCAUUAGCCGGUAACAAAGAACUGGAGGAAAUGGCUCAGCACAUCAACAGCAGGAACAGGGCAGCAAAGCAAGCUCAGAGCUUGUCCACAGAGUUGUUUCAGUGUCUCUACUUCAAGGAAAGAGACCCUCAGACGGACGAGCGCUGCGUGGCCAACGCUGUCAUUUACUCCAUCCGAGACAACGGCGUGUUGGCGUUUGUCCCAGAGUACGGUGUGAAGGCGCCGGUGUAUAUGAAGAAUCGGGAGGGCCAGGUGGUCGCUUCAGCACAGGACGGCAGCUGUGAGUGGCAGAGUGGCUCAGUGCAACGACACGCUGACCACAUUACCACCACCUCCAGCUGUGGCACCUCCACCUUCAGACUGUUUGACCACAUCACCGUCCGUAUUUCUGUCCAGUCCUUCCACUGCCACGCAGACCGUUUGAACCUAGAGGUCAUCAGCAACAAGCCUUACCACAGCGCCGAGCACCAGGAGCCACGCUCACAGGGCCGCUGCAAGCUGGUCCAGGAGGUGGUGCGUCUGGCUGAGGAGGCGUACCAGCAGUCGCAGGAGAAGGCGGCCCGGCUAACCAAAUUCUCCAAAGAGGAGAGAGAGUUCUGCCAGAGCAAAACUCCAAAUCUGUACUCGCUGCUGGAGGAGGUCAGAGAGCUGGCUCUGAUGGACCUGGAAAUGGUUCCUCAGGUCUGUGCAACAACGGCAUAGAUCGGCUGUUAAUGGAGUUAAUGGACACAGGAAAGCCUGGCGAGUUUUUGAACAACAUGGACGACUCUGAACAUCUCGUGGACAUCUGAAGAGCCUCCUCUACAAAUGAACAUUUCUCAAGUAAUUUUUGAAUCAUCAUCAUCGUUUUGAUGGCAGAUUUGUAGUUACUUAUUAUCUGUAGAGUUUCUGUGCACAUUAGUCCAAAAAUGAAUACACUGGUAAUAAUAAAUAGAAAUGAAUUGUAGUUAAAGUCACAGUAAUUAUAGAAUAGCUCUAGUUAUGAGGAGGUGAUGUUGUCAUGGAUGAGAAAACAAUGUACACACAGACAAACUGAUUUGCAGCUGUUUUCAUAAAACUGGUGACACUUUAAGAGUCUACUGAUGUAAAUAAGCAGAUACUGAUACAUGAAUUAGAUUCUUAAUAUAAACUAAAGUUUAAUAUGAAGAAUUAAUGAAGCAACAAAAAGAUUUUUUCAGGGUUAAAAUGUCUUAUAACAUGGACAAAGAAAAGUUGAGCUUCAUUGAUUCACAUGUUUGCUUUAAUUAUGAUUCAUGUAUUAGUCUCAGUAUUAUUGUAGCUUGUAGUAUCUAUUUUUAACACAGUUGUUUGUGUGAAGAGUGUGAGUGACCUGUGUGAUGGACAUGCAGCUGUUUUGUAAUUAAACAUUUUGACUUUUAAUAGAUCAUCUUACAGUGUGUGAAUGAAAACAUGAGAUUCAUUUGGAAGGAAU